CAAUUUUUGAAGAGUUUAUGUAUCCUAUAAAUUAUAGGUCAUUCAAAGAAGCUGCAGUCAAAGGUAGAACUUCUACAAAUCGGUACAAAACUACAAAAUGGAUUAUUUGUCCGUGUCCGAUGCAAGUGGGAAAUGUGGAAAGUGGUUAUUACGUGUUAAGAUUCAUGUAUGACAUCAUCUCUUCCAAGACAAAUAAAGACUCCAUGAGCAAGGUGUUUGGUCCUUAUGAUAAAUACACAAAAGGAGAUCUGGAUGUUAUAAGAGGGAUGUGGUGUAAAGCGUUGUGCAAAUGUAGUUUAUGAUGACAGUAUGAGUCGUAUGACACUUGCAUAAUUUGGUGUUUAGGAUGAUACUUUGAGAGUUUA